AUGUCAAAGCGCUUGAAGCACCUCGAGCACGUUCAAUUAUCAUUGGUCUACAUCGCUGUGUUUAGUUGGCCUUUGAACUCAAUUUCUUCGGUUGUUCGAGCUCUCCAAAAAAAACGGCGUUCAGCUAUGAGCUCCGAGGGGCAAUUGUUUAUCAUCCAUCUUCCACCAGCCGAGUCUAACCUGCCACCUCAUACGCUGCUCACCAGCCUAGACCAUUCUGUCGAAUCACUAAAACUCAUCCCCACACCUUCCUCGGAUAUAUCAAUCGAGCAUAACAAUCUACCAACCGAGGAUGGACUAGGUUCCUCUCACCCAACACCGACCAACGCAACGACGACGACGACGGAGACUCUCAAAGAGAUCAGGAUAGCUGCGAUCGGUACUCCGCCCUCGCGACGACGACAAUCGCCCAACGAGCCCGAGAGCCAGCCUUCGCUAUUGAUCGCCUUCCAGAGCCAGACGCGACCGGGCGUACCGAGGCCGAUCAAACAGACCGUCAUUCCGACCAACACGACCGAUCACCGAGCUAAGCAGACCACAGACGACUUUGCCCACCAUCAACUAGGAGGAGGGGCGCGAUUCCCACUCGGAGAAGACGAAGAGCUAGGCGAUUAUAUCACCGGGAUCGGCGACCUGGACGAUGCCUUUGACGGCCCUUCCGUCCAACCUCAAUCCACCAAUCUCUCCACCGACCACAAUCCCGACCAUCCCGAUGUGACAAAAUCCUCCAACGAACAGGCUGAUCAGCCGCCUAAACCCUCCCUCGAAUCUCAUAAACAAGACCUCAAUCUGAGACUCAGACGAUUCGAACCCGUCCCGCCCUCCGAUCACUUCUCCUCUCUCAUCUCUCCCUUCCUCGAUCAUCUUCCGCAUCAACCUUCGUUUGGGUUCAUUGACUUGAUCGAACUCUUGAUCGAUUUCGAUCACUCUAUCAUCCCUAAUGUAACCAUUCACUUGAUCCCAAGCCUCCCAAUAACCGAUCCUUUUGAUCAUACCACAGACUCCCAAGUAAUCCUACGACAUCUCUCCUUUGUGACUUCUCAAUCGAGUGAUGCGACCGAUAGUAAAACGAAGGAAGAUAGCUUCAGAUUACUCGCGAGUUUUUCGAGACAGGAGACGUAUGAAGAAGGCAUCGCAACAGUGAUCGAACAGCUCCAGGCUUGGGACGUCCGCUUCCAACUCUCGAGCUUGUCUACAGGGUUCCUGAGCUUAGAGUCCAUCAAUGAUCUUCGUAAUCAUUCCAUUGACCCUUCCUCCUCUGCUCCAACCGAUCUGUUACGAGGACCAGUCGAAUGGGUCUUCAAUCGAGUCGGCCAUCGAAAACUUCUGAUUGACAAAGAGUCGUCUUCUUCAUCCACUGAACCGAUCGAGCAUCGAUCCUCUAGUCUGAUAAGAGUUUGCAAGCUGAUACCGCAAUGGAGAGUUCGUGAAGGAUGUUUUCUGGUUUUUGUCGAGAAAAGAAAACGUCCCAUCGGACUCUUCAAGGCUGCUGAUCCUCUAGAAGGUUCAGAAGGCGUAGAUGAUGAGGAUGAGCAAGGAGAGGGAGAGGGAGACGAAGGUGUAGAGUAUGAAUGUUGGGUCUUGGACGGACACGACUUAUCCACCCUCGCCGUCAAGGCUUUGCCACGACUAGACCAAGGUGAACUCGAGCAAGUCAGUCUUUCUUACCAUGGAAUAUGGGCUUGUACGCUCGAUCAGCAUGGAAAAGUCCGCGCGUCUCCCUUGGUCUCGCUCGACCAACCGGCUACCAUCAUUGGUCUGAUCAUCAGUGCGCUCCAUAAUCGAGAGCCGGUUGACGACAUCUCUCGAUUACUGGCCACUCCUUCUACGAGUGCCAUCGAGAGUACGCCGACGUCUACUGAGCGGUCUCCGAUCAACGGUGUCGUCACCACCCAUCAUCCCAUUUUUCGCGACAUCGGCCUCUUCAUCACCCAUCUAUAUCCACCCUGUAGGGGCUUCGACUUCGAUCCGUAUCUCGCUAGUUCUUGGAGCUUGAGCUACGACCUCUGGAGUGUCGUCCGGGGAUAUGAGAAGGCCGCCGAAAUUGCCCUGAUUGGCCGGCAAUUAUUGGCCGUGCUCGGGAUCGGAACGAUGGUCAAGGCAGAUGGGUUUCCUGGAUCGGUGUGGCAGAUGAUUGGUCUUUCGCGAUGGUAUUUUGAAGCUCACUUCAGAGGAUCAUUGGUUCGAUCGAUCCAGGUAGCCAUGGUGGUCUCUGGGUUCCACACAUGGCUCAAGGUCGCCAGCUCCUCCGCUACGACGACGCCAGGCGGCCACCCGUUGCAUCCGCACCAACGCCGGCCCAGUCAGCCCGUCCAUCCUUCAUCAAUCCCGCUCGAUAACUUCACCUCCGCUCGUCCUGAAGAUCAGGGCGAAAUCGCCUGGCUAGUCUUCGCCGAAUUCUGGGGAACAUCAGAACUUUAUCCAUAUGGAAACCUUUGGCAAGUUACUCCAGGAUAUCGGUCGGACGGUGUUCCCCAAGCAAACCCUUUGGCCACCCGACACAUCCAAGGUUACACACUGGCAAUGACGGCACUCGACUCGGCUCAGGUCCAAGAGUCUGUGCGGGAGCUAAGAGAAUACGUAGGCCGACACCCGGCGCUCAUCAAACCUGGGUCCAUUUCUGAGAGCUCAGAGUCGAUCUCAGUCCCACCCUCGGCGACGCUCCGCCCCUCCACGCCGCCCAACGGCCCAAGCACGACGCCCACCACGACGCCUUCCUCUGUGCCAGCUCCGUCAGCCACUUUGCCCGGGCCACCACCGACAACAACAACGGGUGCAGAAUGGCUGUCUAGUGCCAAGACGAUUGCGACGUUGAAGAAAAUCAAUCGGACGAUCAAGCCUGAUGAUGACCUGGCCAAGUACGAUCUCCUCAGCGGGGUCAAAUUGGCCGAUGCAACCCGGGCCUCCAAACGGACUCAUCAAGGCACUCCGAUCAUCCACCGAUCCACAGAGCUCGAGAAAAGCGUCAAAGAGUGCAUCAAGUGUAGGGCCAGAGCCUUGGUCCAUCCCUGGACUUACAACGACCUCCUUUCUUCCUCCUCCUCCUCCUCAUCUCCGCCCGGCAAUCCCCUUGGCCCUUCUCCUUCUCAUCCCUCCCUCGACACUUAUUUGUCACGAUUGACGGCUUUCGAUUUCUCCAUCAAAGAGUUCAAGAGGCGCUGCUUUUGUUCGGGCUUUUGGGUCUCCCCUUCUUCUUCUUCUUUCGAGUGA